CAGUGUAGAGUGUAAUCUCUGUUUUGGCAUAUUCAUUAGGGUUAUCCUCAGCAUCCUUUCAUGGCCCUAAAGAAAAAACUUAUUUUUUUAUGGACCUUAGCUCUAUAUUUGGUAGCCAGCAGACUGCCCAAGGCAUUCGGAAAAGUUAUUCCUCGGGUGCCAACUAUCAAUGACCCGGAAUUUAAAAAUGGGUUCCUCAACAGCCACAAUGAAGCACGACGCAAGGUGCACCCCCCCGCAUCCAAUAUGAAUCAACUGAGUUGGGACAAGUCACUGGCAAAACUGGCCAAAUCAUGGACUAAAGAGUGCAAAUUUUCCCAUAACCCCUGUACUUCAAAACGACAUGGAUGUACUAAGGAUUAUGACUAUAUUGGAGAAAAUAUAUAUUUGGGUAAAAUAGACGCCCGACCAGAAGAUGUUGUUUUUAGUUGGUAUAAUGAAACUAAAGAUUAUAAUUUUGAUGAUAAUACCUGUACUAAGACGUGUGGCCAUUAUACACAGGUAGUCUGGGCCGACACACUUAAAAUUGGUUGUGCAAUUUCAAAUUGUCCUCAUCUCACAGGAUAUUCGGCUGGGCUAUUCGUAUGUAAUUAUGCACCAGCAGGAAAUUUUCGAGGCUCCAAACCUUACAUUACUGGAAAACCCUGCAGUAUGUGCGGAGAAAAAGAGUGUGUGAAUAGUCUCUGCUGUAAGCAUUCUAGGAAUACACCAUCUCAGCAGAAAACGUGCCAUCUACUUGUGCUUGGUUUUGUUCUUCAGAGACUACUUUAA